UUUGCCAACAAAAAUUUAAAUAAUUAUGUAUCAAAAAUAGGUUUUAAUUGAAUUAAAAUUUAUAUAGAAAAAACAACUAAAAAUGAAUAUUCUAAAAAACUUAGAAAUUUUAGAGCAUGAAUAUAACUUUGCUUACUUUGAGGAGAAUGAAAAUAAAAUUAAUUAAGCUUAAAGCUCUAUCCAUUAAGCCUAGCAUAUUAAAUUAAACUAAAACGAUGCUUAAAGUAGAAUUAAUCAGAUUAAGGUACCUGAGUUAUCAUUAGUUCUCCCUAAAUGGAUUGAAAUAUCAGAUGAUAUUCUGAGAUACUUCUAAAAGAGAAUUAAACAAGUGAGCAGGGAUAAGCAGAGAAUAGCUUUAUAUUUUCAAAAUAACUAAAAUGACGAAGCAGGAUUAGGAGGUGAUGAGUUGUUUUAUCUUCUUUAAGGAAUAAGUGAUAGAUUUAACAAGUUGAAAUCUUUAUCCAUUAACAUAGAUCACUGGGGCUUACUUUUUAUGGUUAUUCCAAAUAUUGAGAGUGUUCUAAUUUAACUAGGAAGAUAAAAUCUUUUAGAACUCUAAAUUAUCAGUUCAAAUCGUUCUCUGAAUCCCUCUGUUACUAACAAGACAGUCAAAAGUUUAGGUUGUAUAUUAUAAAAUAUGCAAUCUUUAACAUUGCUUGAGCUCGAUUUAGAUGAUCCAAGUUCUGAAAGAAAGAAAUAGAUAAAUGAAGAUGGAUUUGUUGGGUUUUGUGAAGGACUGGAAAAGCUGACCCAAUUAAGAACACUUAAAUUAAAGCUUGCUUGUUGGUUCUCGUUUUUUAGGCAAAAUAUCAAAGACCCUAGCAAUUCUGCUAAGAAAUUUUGUUUAGCUCUUUCAAAUAAAAAAUACUUAAAACACUUAUCGUUAAAUCUAAGAUGGUGGGAAGAUAUUGAGUUCAAGCAUUUGGCGAUGAUUUGUAACUCCCUCUCUGCUAGCUGUGCUCAUCAACUUAGUGCAUGUGAAUUAAACUUUUAGAGAUGGAGCUAUUUCAAUUAGUAAAAUUAAGAUCAAGCUGUUCAUGCAUUAUCAGAGUUUUUAAGCAAUCUAAAAUAAUGCAAAUCGUUAAAUGUAUCUUUCUUUAAUCUUGGAACAGGAUUUUAAGACCAAAGAAAUAUCAAACACCAAGUUAGUGCUGCUGGAGGUAAUAACUAUAAUGAUAGUGAUAAUAACAAAGUCAAUCCAGAUUUGUUAUAGCUCUUUAUGAAGUAAAUAAGUAAAAUAGCUCAUUUAUAGCAGCUAGAAAUACAUGUCCAUGAGUAUGUCUCAUGGAGUGGGAUGAAAAUUCUGAGAAAUUCUAUUUUCGAUUUAAAACUGCUCACAAAACUUAUCAUAUCAUCUCAUUCUGAGAAAUAUGAAACUAUAAAAUAUCUCUCUACUUUAAUAAAACUGCCUAAAGUUAGAAAGAAUAUUAUUUAUUUCCUCUAAGCCUAUAAAAAAUCUCCCUAUUACACUUAAUUUAGAAAAGAUUUACCUUGUCAUAUUGUUGAGAGUUUAUUUGAUAAUUCCUUAUGAAGAUUUUUUUAAAUAAUAGAAAUAAAAUCAAUAGAAAAAAAUGCUUUUUUUAGUCUUAUUAAUUUGGAAAUUAUUUUUAUUUUUUUUUUGCUUAAUUUUAAAUAAUAAUUUAUAUUAUUUAAAUUAAUUAAUUAAUUAUUAAAGAUAUGCAAAGAAUAAUUGAGAGUAAAAUUUAAUUUUAUUCAACUUAAUUUAUUAAAACUAGAUAUUAAUCUUGUAAUUUCAUAUAAAAUUAUAAUUUCAUUUAAAAGACAACUUAUUAAAACAAAAAUUUAUUAAUUUAUUCAAGC